UUAAAUCGAUCGUCGGUAAUAAUGGAAUCUGUAAGAAUAAUUAUUUAUAUUGGCUGCACUGCUUGACAUGACGUCAUGAUUGGUCCCGAAAUUGAAAUCAAUAAAUGGUGUGCAAUGUUGUGUGCACAUGACAGUCGGAGGUGAUUAUGUCAAAACAGCACGAAUCCGUAUUAUUUUUAAUUGUGGGUAAAUGAAAUAAAUGCUUUUCACCAAAAUGACUGGUAGUACGAAGAGAAAAUUGGCAAUAUUCAUAGGAACGUCUAAAUGUCUAAUUUAUGCAGAAGCCAAAUUCUGUGCCUCUGAACUGCCUGAACAAAGAAAAUAUUAUGAGUGUUCUAGAAGUGAAUAUUGUUGCGCAUUCGGCUGCUGUGUGUCUCCUGGACUUCAUUUUCAUCAUUUAUGGUAUUAUUGGAUCUUAGUUAUAAUUAUGUUUUUGGUGUGUUCCGGAGGUGGUUGGUGGUAUCGAUAUAGGUUACAGGGAAGAUAUAGAGCCGCUGCAUCGGCCAUUCCAAGCAGAUCUUCCAAUUCGAGAACACAAAGUACGCUUCGAAGUCAAACUUGUCAACCACAACAAGCUCGUAUUUCUUACAAUUCAGCAAGAAACACUGUCCUAUUACAUCGUAUGUGGAAAGGUCCUCAAAGGAAUGGAACAUCUCCUAAUUUCAAUGGGAACGCUACGACAUCAACACAUUAUCAAAAUAUGAAUGUAGUGCUAAAUGAUGCAAAUUGUCCCUACUAUCAAUUGUACGGUCCACCGCCGAGUUACGAAACAGUGAUUGCUCAAACUCGGGGGAAGACGUCAUCGCCGCCCACGUCACCGGAAGUAGGAGCUACCAGGUUGAACUUGGAAGCAGGAAGCAACGUGAUAACGAAUCCGAGCGUACCUUCAUAUUUCGCUUAUCCGUGCAGCCCGGCGAGAUUGAAUCCCGUCCUAAUGAAUUCGGAUUCGAGUAGUCAACAGUCUAUGCAGCAGUGUUUAAAUGGUCCUGUGAAUUCUCAACCUAAUAGCGCUGAGGAUUGUACACAGGAGAACGCAGCGUGCGUUCGUUUUCCGUCAUAUUGUCCGGAGGAGAACGCUGUCGGUAGUCCUGUUGCCGUUGUAAGACAGAAUUUCUGUGUUUCUCCUUUGCGACAGGAGCCGAGUUCGGAAAUGCUCUCGCCGAUUGACACUUUUGAAUUUCCGCCGAUUGUUCAUAGUACUUCGAGAAGAGGCAAUAUGCUUAAAACUGAAGUCGAUUCGAGUAACUCAAGAGAACGGAAGGUUUUAAGAGAUGUUUGUGAGGACAUGGAGUAUACAGUUUCGCAGGUGCAUGGACACAUGAAGCUUGAGAAGUGUCCAUCGAACGAAAGAUACGGAAAGUACCGUCAGCAAGUAUGGAAGGAGAAUAUGAAAGAUGACGACUUAGAUGAAUUUUUCUCGGCCGUUCAUUCAAGUAUAACGGAGAAACCGGAUGAGAUCGAAGCUGGUCGAAAUAACUCUGGUGGAUUAUUUAAAUUCGUCGGUAAAUAUGCCACCGGUUCGAAACACGAUGUGGAUGAGCAGGCUGAAGAAGAAAGAGGAGAGGAGGACGACGAGGAAGAGGAAGCCAGAGACUCUUUAGGUUCUCACGAAAGGACCUUCGUGCGAACGACUUUUGCUUUGUCUGAGAAAACAAAAAGGAAACAAAAUUUUGUAAAACGCGUUCUCACGGACGUCGCUACAAGUCCUCAAUCAAAUCCAUCCAAUAAUGUGAUAGCGGGGUCUUUCGUUUCCGCCGCGAGACAUUUCGACGCGACGAGAACGAACGCCGACUCUGAUUUUGAAAGUAAACGUAGAUUAGACAGAUCGAAGUCGUUAGAUUAAAUACUGCGUCCCUUUUUAUUCGUGCUCUGAUUAAUGAUUCCUUGUCAAUCGAUCGCUUAUUCAUGUAUAUGUUGUUCGUCGUGUCUGAUCAAUCCGUCCUCCAGUUAGAAAAAAAGGAGGCACAUGUUGAAGCCAUUCAUAGGAGUCACUUACGUCUCACGUGCCGAUAAAAUAGAUAUGAUCUUCGAAUAUGAUUUUCAAUUAUUUAAAUUAAGUAUAUAUGUUCUAUAUAUCUACUGGGAUAAUGCGGAAACGUUUCGCAUUUCUCUUCAUUUUCCUAAAAAUUCAUGUAACUUCGUAACAACUCAUGUAAUAUAGUCUUAAUUGAUGAUUUUUCUUGUUGCUAAUAUUUUUAGAUUUUAUUAUCGAUAGAUUUCUCAUUUAGUUUUUUAUUUUACAGUUUUAUUCAGUUUAUCGUUAAAUAUUUAACUCUAGAUUAUGAUACUUUACUGUAAUUUAAACUUUCGUAAAAUUUGCUACUCACAAAAACCUUGUGUCACUUGAAAACAUAAUAUUUUUAUUAAUUUUUUGGAACAAAUUUUUGGAAUACUUUCAUUUUGAAGCAUAUGCAUAAAUAUAUUUAUAUUCUUGUUAUCCUAUAUUACUGGCUGUGUGACGUAUACGGUGUGUUUCGAAAGGUUACUGGCAAAUUUAAGUAGCAUAUGGAGAAAUAGAGCAACUUUCAAAUAAAAAUUUAUUCAAAGCAAUUAUGGGUUAGUAAAAGACUAAUUGUUAAGAAUGUAAGCUUUUAUAUUUCAAAUAUUAUGAAGCGGCACUUCUUUGGUUAUUGAUAGAGUAGAUAAAGCUCUUUAUAUAGAGUAUGUAUUAUUUAGUAAACUAAUAAGUUGUUUUUUUAUUUGUUAACGCGUGUUUAUUAAUCGUGAGUGUAAAGGCUCGUGGGCUAUUCUUGUUAUUAAGUUAAAGAUAAUUGCUUUCUCCUAUUGAUGUAUACAGUAUGGUACUAUAUAUUUAUAAAAAAAUUUUGAGAUAUGCAUUUUAUCUACGGAACAGUCGCUAAAGAUACAUAUGAAAUUGAACGCCUGUACCGAGAACAAUUUCUGAACAAACAUCAUCUAAUACAUUUUUAGCAGUUUACUAGUAUCUCGAGGGAGUGCGUUAAUUGCGUACAUUGCAUCAUAUAUUUAGGUCUUCCAUGACAAAUUCGGAUAGCCGCUAUCCAAGAGGAGAUAUAUAAAAAAUAAUUAUUUAUGCGAAAGAAUAAUCAUCUAAAUAUAGUUCUUGCUUAAAAAAGCUUCUACUGACUGAGAUUAAUUUGGAAAAACGUGGUUUAAUAGUCGAAAGUUGUUCUAGUUUGACCCUUUUGCUAAAAUUUGUCGGUAACCUUUUAAAACACUUUAUAGCUCUAAAAAAUCUUCUAUUUGGCCAGACCAGUUCCCAUGUUUCUCAACAGAAGUUCAAUGUCCAACUUGUUUUUCAUUGCUUGUCUAUUUGUCUCUGUCCUUUCCCUCUUUCCCUAUUAUCUUUUUCUCUUUAUAAUCGAGAGUAUACAUCUUUUCUUACUAUUCCUAAAUUUCGGCAUUAAAAAUUAUAAGCUUAAAUUAUCUGACUUUAAGAUGUAAAUUUAUUCUUACAUAUGUAUUUUACUUUGUGCUUGGAGGGUAAUCCAGUGCAUAAGUAUUUAUGUAUGUAUACAUAUUGUGUAUAGACAUACAUGUAUAAGUACAUACAUAUAUACAUACAUACUAAACGUCUAAUACAUGAAACAUGUUGUCGAUAUAGUUUCUUUUCUGAUGAAAGAUGUGAACAAUUUGAGUCAUGACUUUAUUGGCUUUCCAAUACGAACAUUUGUCUUUACGAUUUACCUUAUAUAUAUAUGGGACCACUGUCCGUAGUGAUAUAUAAGAUCAGUCCGAAUUAAUAAGCUACGUACAAUCUUUUUUUUUAUAAGCCCAUUUAUGACUUGCUUAAUAGUAAAUUGUUGUUUUAUUUUCUUAAUUUCAUAUCUCAUUGCGAUAAUGAGUAAUUGUGUUGUAAAUAAUCUAGAAAACAUUUUCGUUCGUGGUGGUAGUUCUUUACGUAACAUAUCAUGUUCUAUCGAGUAUGCGGAGUUUCUGUAUUUUAAAAUUGAUAAUUAUUUAUUCAAUUUACGCACAAAAUGGAGAAAACAAAAAAAGAAUCAAUGUCGAUCUUAUAUUCAAUCCAUUUCACAUUCUACUUCGAUGUGAUAAACGUCAUUUUCUAAUCUUCAUCUUUGCACACGUCAUUACACUUUACGAAACAGAUAAAUUUUAAAUAUUAUACAUAUGUAAUGUUUGAAUCCAUAGGAUAAUUUACAAUAACUAUCUUGUCAUA